UCUUUUAGUUCCCAAGUGCGUGAGUGCGUGACUGUCAGAGAGAGAGAGAGAGAGAGAAACUCGUGAACUGAAGACGAAGAGAAGAAGAAGAAGAAGAGUUGUUCACUUGUUUGUUCACACGAAUGUGGUGUUCCGGUUUGGGAGACGGCCAUGGCUCUUUUCUCGAUUUCAAUUUCGAUUUCGACAACUACAAGGAUCACUAUAAAGUCCUUGAGCUGAACAGCGACGCCUCCGAUGAUGAGAUUCGCUCUAACUUCAUCCGCCUUGCACUGAAAUGGCAUCCGGAUAAACUUAAAGAAGAGGAUUCCGCUACGUCUAGGUUUCAAGAAAUCAACGAGGCUUACCAAGUAUUGAGCGACCCAUUUACAAGGGAGGAGUACGAUAAGAAAAGGAUGCGUCGUAUCUAUGAGCACAACAUGGAGCUAUUCGACCGGUACAAGGAGCUGAUAUUUACUUGCAAUGGCCUUGGGAUGAAGAAUUUUCUCUGGUGAAAUUGCCAAAAAAAAAAAAAAAAAAAAAAAAAAAAUUAAGGUUAGGUGAUAUGUAUAGACUUUGUAUGAUGAUGAGUUAGAGACAUCAGCCUUUGUAGCAGUGGUUGAGUAUUGAUUCUAGUCUGAGAGCAAGACAGAGUAAUCAAAUUAGGUUCUCUGCUUCCACAAGCUUUCAUUGUCCUUUCUGUUCUUUGUUCUCAGUUGAAGGCUAGACUGGGUUUGUAUUCUGCUCCAAAGUCAAAUGUUAUGUCUUUUAUGA